UGAUCUUGGAAUUAGACAACAGUUAGCACAAUGAUGGGUUUCAGUACUACUGCAGAGUCCGCCUCAUGUUUCUUCUUCUCUGCAUGGAAGAAACUAGCAUCAUGUGAUAAAAGUAGGAAACGCAGACAAAACCAAGACUGGGCCUUUAUGGAGGAAUUAUCCCGCCGAUUUUCGCUAGCUGAGAUCAUAGCAGCCACUGAAUGCUUCAACGACAAGUUCCAUAUUGGUAGCAGUGCCAUGAGCACAGUCUAUAAAGGGUACAUCGACGGCGGGGCAACUGUUGUUGCAAUCAAGCGAUUUACAGGCAGUAGACAAGACUUCAGGAAUGAGGUGCUGCUGUCCUGCCAGCUGCGCCACCCCAACCUUCUCCCUGUUAUUGGAUUCUGUGAAGAAAAGGAGGAACUCAUCCUUGUCUACGACUACAUGGCCAAAGGUGCCCUCUCUUCUAAGCUGUUCAAAAGAGCGGAUCUUGAUCCGCUGCCCUGGAGGCAAAGGCUGAACAUAUGUAUCGGGAUAGCACGCGCAUUGCAUUAUCUCCAUGCAGGGCUAAAACUUGCUAUUGUCCACCGCGACGUGAAAUGCUCCAUCAUACUAUUGGAUGAAAGGUUCGAAGCAAAGGUUUCAAACUUACUAACGUCCAAGAUGGGUCCUCCUAGUUUGUCAAAUAAAUUCAUACGAGUGACCUCUGACAGGAUCGUGGGCACUUUCGGGUAUAUUGAUCCCGAGUAUUUCCAUUUGGAACAAUUUACAGAAAAAUCUGAUGUCUACUCAUUUGGAAUGGUGCUGCUGGAAGUGUUGACUGCCAAAUGGGCAAAAGAGUUUCAUACAUACACAGGCAGGCCGGACACCUUAUGCGAUAUAAUGGACCCUUCUUUGAGGGGUAAAAUAGCUCCUGAUUGUUUGCAAAAAUUUAUGGAUAUCGUUUACAGAUGUGUAAGUCCUACAGGAGCAGAGCGGCCCUCAAUGGGCGAAGUGCAAGUGGAACUGGAGUGCGCAUUGGAGCUGCAAGACAGCGCAGAUGCCAAGAAGGACGCUUGUGUUGGUCUUGCAGGUGACUAUAGCUACGAAGGGAUGUCAAUUUGUGAAAUUAAAGAUAUUUUCUCAUUUUUGUUUAGGGCAGCUGUCAAACUUCGGAUGUGUCAAGUCUUGAUUUGA